CCGUAGCAGAAAGGCGCAGGGGUGCAAGCAACUCUAUAACGUGCUGCGAGUGACGCAAUGGGCUGCUGGAUCUCCCGCGGAACUAUUAAGGGUGCGUGAAUUGUUAAUCCGCACGAGCCGUUGACGGACUGCGUUACAUGCAGCGAGACCACCUCCUUUUUUGCGUGCGCCUAUAACGUGAACAUACGGUAAUUACAUUGUGGCGCUUCACUCAUCCAUUACAGCGCGCGUUAAAAGUACAAUUAAAACGGGAAGGAAGAGUUGCUCGGGUUGAUGGUUGUAUUUAUGAAAGCGGAGGAAGGACUGACGUCCAGAAUGAUACGGAGGUACAUCUGCGGAGCCACGGCCGCUGCUGCCGCCGUGUGAUGCGGGGAGGGAGCGCGGCAAGCGGCAGUAGCAGCCCGGCGAGAGAGGGCCACUCCGGCGGAGUCCGAGCCGCCAGCUUCGCUACCACGUCCACCUCCACCGCCGCAGUCCCACACUGAGUGAAGCAGCAGCAGGAGCAGCAGAAGAGAACUGCAGCAGCGGCGGACGCGACCGAAGCCGCGCAACACCGCGGCGGACAUGGAAGCGCCCCGCCACCUUCCCCCUUCGCCCGUGGUGGAGCUCGAAUACUAACGACGUCGAGCAGCGACCCUGUCACGGCGUUCGCGGAGGGAACGGAGCGGGGAUGAAAGAGGAAAGAGCGGCUCUGCUCCUCCGUUUGAUGCUGUAGUGUAGUGUAGCUGCGCGUGCGAGCCACCAGCCCGUGUGUGUCGUCUCUCGGCGAGUGACUCGACUCCCUCCCCCGGGCGAAUUCGCGCCGAAAGGACCCCGGAGGAGCCCCGCUGCUGCUGCCGGCGCGCGGACAGCCGCGCGUGCCCUCCCGCGGCUCUUUCACUUUCCUCGCAGGACUGCAAGCCUUCGCUCGGACAUAUAAGGAACCCCUUUCAACGAGUCCACUUGCUCAUUCUAAAGCUGUCAAAAAGGAUGAUUGAGGAAGGAGGCAAAAGAGGCAAGACCAUGGCUGAAAAGAGGCAGCUCUUCAUGGAAAUGAGGGCACAGAAUUUUGACGUCAUCAGACUAUCAACAUAUCGGACGGCUUGCAAGUUACGAUUUGUGCAAAAAAGAUGCAACCUUCACCUAGUGGACGUCUGGAACAUGAUUGAGGCCUUUCGCGACAAUGGCUUAAAUACACUGGACCACAACACGGAAAUCAACGUCUCCAGGCUGGAAACCAUCAUCUCGUCAAUCUACUACCAACUGAACAAGCGCUUGCCAACCACUCACCAGAUCAGUGUGGAACAAUCCAUUAGCCUACUGCUGAACUUCAUGGUGGCGGCCUAUGACAGUGAGGGACAUGGGAAGCUGACGGUGUUCUCUGUGAAAGCCAUGUUAGCGACUAUGUGCGGUGGGAAAAUAGUGGACAAGCUUCGUUACAUAUUUUCCCAGAUCUCUGACUCCAACGGUAUGAUGACCUUCACAAAGUUCGACCAGUUUUUACGAGAGGUGCUGAAGCUGCCCACUGCUGUGUUUGAAGGGCCGUCCUUUGGGUACACAGAGCAUUCCGUGCGCACGUGCUUUCCUCAACAGAAGAAGAUCACACUGAACAUGUUUCUGGAUGCCCUCAUGGCUGAUCCUCCCCCACAGUGCCUCGUAUGGCUGCCUCUUAUGCACCGACUUGCCAACGUGGAGAAUGUCUUCCAUCCAGUGGAAUGCUCCUAUUGCCGGAGCGAGAGUAUGAUGGGCUUCCGCUACCGAUGCCAGCAGUGCCACAACUACCAGCUGUGUCAGAACUGCUUCUGGCGUGGCCAUGCGAGCGGCCCACACAGCAACCAGCACCAGAUGAAGGAGCACUCAUCCUGGAAAUCACCUGCCAAGAAGCUGAGCCAUGCCAUCAGCAAGUCCUUGGGCUGCGUCCCAAGCAGAGAGCCAGCCCACCCCGUGUUUCCUGAGCAGCCUGAGAGACCCCUGGACCUGGCGCACAUUGUUCCCCCCCGGUCUGUGCCAAACAACAUGAACGACACUAUGGUGAUGUCUUCUGGGGCACCCACGCCCACGAAAAGGUCGCAGCUGGGAGUGGCUGCAGCACAUGGCGUGACUGAGGAGCAUGCUCUCAUUGCAGCAUAUGUGACUCGCCUGCAGAGCAGCACACGCGCCUUAGACAGCCCCAGCCGGCUAGACGAGGAGCACCGCCUCAUUGCCCGUUACGCGGCUCGCCUGGCAGCAGAGGCAGGGAACAGCACGCAACGCCCCCCGACAGAUCUGAGCUUCAACUUUGAUGCCAAUAAGCAACAGAGACAGCUCAUAGCAGAGCUGGAAAAUAAGAACAGGGAGAUCCUGCAGGAGAUCCAGCGGUUGCGCCUGGAGCACGAGCAAGCGUCUCAGCCCACCCCAGAGAAGGCCCAGCAGAACCCCACGCUCCUUGCUGAGCUGCGUCUGCUAAGGCAGAGGAAGGAUGAGCUGGAGCAGCGCAUGUCAGCCCUGCAGGAGAGCAGGAGGGAGCUCAUGGUGCAGCUGGAGGGACUCAUGAAGCUGCUCAAGGAUGAAGAACAGAAACAGGCCGCCCAGGCUGCCAACUCGCCCCAUGCCUCACCCAGUCAUGGAGCCAGCCGCCCCAUGCCCAUGCCCGUCCGCUCCACAUCAGCUGGCUCCACACCUACCCACGUGCCCCAAGACUCCUUAGCAGGCGUCGGAGGGGAUGUCCAGGAAGCCUUCGCUCAGGGUGCCCGUCGAAAUCUUAGGAAUGACCUUUUAGUGGCAGCUGAUUCUAUUACAAACACCAUGUCUUCACUGGUGAAAGAACUCCACUCUGUAGAUGAUGGCUGUGAGGAAGAAGAUGACAAGAUGCAGAAUGGGAAGGACAGGGGGCCGGCUGAGAUAUCCAUAGCCAAUGUUAAGCAGAAUGAAUCGAAAUGGAAAAAGUCCAAGCACAGUGACUGUACAGAGCCAAGUGAUCACUGUGCAGACUCUCCGUCGUCAUGAGAACAGGCAUCCCCCCAUCCCCCAUCGCUGAAGACACUCGGAAGAGCAGGGGAAGCCACACCCCGCGAGCCCGCCUCAGCUGGGAGACCCUCUCCUGGCGUUGUCUCCUAGAAUAGUGCAUGCUGUGUUUUCGCCAGGAUUUUAGCCUGGUCAGAAGCUUCCUGAUGCCAUCCAUUGUUUUGUGUGUCGGCUGGCUUGUGUGAACUCCACCCCCUGUGGCUCCUGCCGCGGCGUCAGGAGCAGCUGACAGGAUUCCACCUUGCACCCGCAUUGUUCCUCGCUCACCCCUUCGGGCUUUUUGCUAAAAACUGCUACCAUGUGCAUAGAGCAGGAUCACAUGGGGACGUUGAGCCUGGAAUCCCCUCCUUGUCCAGAAGCUUUCAUGCGAUAGGCUUUGCAUGGCGCUGCGCUGCAGUCCGGCCUUCGUCCCUCAGCCACUUCCUCUUUGCCUGGUGUUGCGGAACAGUUCUUCAUAUGCAGACCUGUUUGGCUCAUCACUGUUGGAUGUGACUCCAUCUUGUAACUAUGUCUGCGUUUGCUGCAGAGGGACGCGUGUGUCAGAGGUGAAAUUCUGUCCUUUGUUUAGCCCGGUAUGUUUAAAAUGAAUUCCGUUCCCAAAGUAACUGCUGGCUGGGGGG